AUGGGACGCAGUUUAACCAUCUAUUCGUCUCCCUUCUUGGGGAAACUCCUCUUCCUUUUCGUCCUUUUCGGCCAGUUUGUCUUGCGGGUACAGGCUUCUCCAGUGGCUCCUGCUAGGGGAGUCAGUAGCGGAUAUUCUAGCGGCAAUGGCGAUGGUUCAUCUGAUCAGAUCACUCUGGAUAACAUCCUGGGGCCCGACAUCGAAGAUGAGUCUAAACCGAAAACCGAAUACAUACCCAUCAUCGACGGCUCCCUUGGCAGCGAAGAGACAACGACCGGUCUUCCCUCCUGGCUCACUUCGACCCUCCUAGCCCGUCGUCUUCUCGCUCUCUCUACCACUGGCGUGGUGUCGACUACCUUCCCCGAUCCUUUGCCUUCAACUCGCCCGUAUUCACGGACUCCUCCUGAGGUUGCAGGCCACUCGUUCAAUCAGAAGGAAUACUUCGCCGAUUGUGACGAGUAUCUCUUCCCCAAUGGCAGCGACGCCGAUUAUGCAGAUAGGGGUAACCCCAUCUUCCUUAGCCUUUACAUUGCGACUACCUUCCGCAACAUUGCUGCAGGCUCGAAAAAUGUCUCCCUCUCCAUUGACUGGUGGGAUCAUCUAGAAGACACGGAACCGUUGUACCCAGGUUUCCCUCUCAGCCCGGCGGGGCUUCCUCGCGUCACAUUAUUAGGGUACGUGGAGCCGUUGGAGAGAGCUGAGGAACAUGGUCUCUCAGAAGAAACAGAAAGGGCGCUGGAAAGGUGUUACAUAGAACGCCAUCCUGAUGCGGCGGUGUGGUUACCUGGUCGAGAGGGCUCGCCGCAUGCGAGCUUCUGGGCCAAGUUGAUUGUGAAGGAGGCUUAUUGGAUCGGGGGAUUUGGCGAUAUUGCGAGGAUUGGGUGGCUUGAUAUCUCGGAGUGGAAGAAGCUGACUAGAAAGACCGGUGGAGAGGAUGGACGGGGUUGGGGGGACGUGAGAUUGCCCGGCGAGAAGUAG